CUGAUUAUAAUUUCAGCUUGUAACUGUCACGCACUUGGGUCGUUGUCAAAAAGUUGCAAUCAGACAAGUGGUCAGUGUAUCUGCAAAAACGGUGUUACCGGUUUAAAUUGCAACCGAUGUGCACAGGGAUAUCAGCAAAGCCGGUCACCGGUUAAUCCGUGUAUUCAGCACUGUCCGCCAUGUAAACCAGCGACUAACAAAUUGAACUACAAGAAAUUCUGUCGGCGAGAUUACGCUAUCAGUGCCCAAGUAAUAAGCAAGGAGGUCAUAAAUGGUUGGGUAAAGUUUCGGCUUCUUAUCCGAGAUACAUUUAACCGGAAUAACAACUAUUUUCCCAGACGUGGUGAACAAUCAUUGUGGAUUAGCAGCAGUCGAGUGCUAUGCAACUGUCCUCGAAUAAAAGUUGGACGACAAUACCUCGUUUUGGGGCGCUUCGAUAAAAACGACCUAAGCAGACCCGGAAUUGUACUGAAUCAGAAGGGUGUUGUUGUCGAGUGGGACGACGAAUUACACAAGAAGAUCCUUAAACUGCUGAAGAAAGAAAGUCGUGGACAAUGUCCGGUGCGACGACGUCGUCUUUAG